UCAGUGUGGAGGAGUCUCUGGCGAGGGAGGCCCCGCUCCAGCUGCCGGCACGCAGUAUGUGGGCACGGCCCAGACUGAGCUCUCUCUUCGGCUUGACCUGUGGUCUCCUGUGGCUGUACCCAGUGCCUACCAUCUCCUGUCCCAACUACCAGACGGCUCUGAGCCAAGUGAAGAGCAUGCUAGAGAUGGAUUGGCUGCAGUCAUUCAUGGAUAAACAAGGCCUAGAGGCGUCCAAUCUCACAUUGGAGAGCUGUAAAAUGUUCGACUACGUCCCCACGGUGGAGGCCCUUCAGAACCUAUCUCAAGCCGCUUUCCUGUGGAACGUGAGCCGGAGCCUGCACCCUGUUGAACGGCGACUGGAGGUCUUCAAGGACUCGGACAUCCGGAGAUUCGUCUUGUCCAUUCAAGGCCUCGAUAACAACAUCUGCUGUCUGCUUCGGAAGCUGCCCACUGGCCACACUGACUGCUCCCCGUCCGGAAGCACAGGGACUCUGCCCUCUAAGAAAGAUCUGACCUUCCCACAGAAGCUAGAAGUGUGUGGGGCCAUACAGUGGUACCAGAGCUUCGGGAAGGUUGUGAAAAAGGUGCUAGAGACUUGGGACGCGUCCCCUGGGCAGAGAAAUAGGAACGGCCGCUCCCUUCUCCAUGUCCUCCUCCGCCACAGGAGGGAGAGCAGGGCAGACUGAUUCAAGGGGGCCAGUGCUACAUUAGCCUCCAGGAAGUGGGUCCCAGCGGCCCUGCCUGAGGAGGUGGCCAGCCCACUGGAUCGCGCUCGCCCCCUUCCUCUGGUUCCCACUCUGGGCUCAGAAAUGUUGCACUUUAAUGGGAGGAGGGGGGAUUCCCGACCUCUCCCCACCUAGUGAUCGACGGAGGGCUAGUGUUGGGCCGAACUCGCCCUCCCCCAGCCUCUCUCUUCUUCGAGGGCUGCCCGUUCGGGUCAUGGGGCGGCCGGAGCUCAGUGCCCCGUGACACCUCAUGAAUCAGAAGCCGACUUUCCAUUGAUUCAGGGGUCUGAUGACAAGGCUUGACUCAGGGCCCGGUGCGUGACCCGUUCCCGCCUUAGCCUCCCUUAGGGGGGCCCUCAGCUCAGUUCUUUCUGCUCUGACUUCACCCUCCCCACCUCUCCCCCCGGCCCCGAAGAUCUUCCUUUGUCCAGGGCCGGAGUGGUUGGGUUGGGCCCCGGGGAGAAGUCAGGACAGUAUAUGGCCAGUAGGGGUCUCAUGCUAAGGGGCCAGUCUCCCCUCCUGCACUCUCUUACCUCUUACCUCUAGAGAUGACUCCCAGGGCAAGAAAGGGGUCACCCCCCUGGAGACAUGGACCAACUUUAUUUCGUGCCAACGGUCUGUCCCCUACCAUGACUCCCUGAGAUAGAAACUUUGCCACUCGGGGAGAAAGUGCUGCUGGACAGCAAGUGUCCCCCAGGGAUGACCCCUCAAAUCCCUUCUGGGAAGAGUCCCUGGGCUCCCAGACCUCCCGUCCCUGCCCACGCCCGAGGGCACAGGGAAUAAUUUAUCAAGCUUCUAUUUAUAUUUAUUUAUUAGACAUGUAUUUAACAAUAUGAUAUUGAGAUCUGACAUAUUUAAAAUUCAGCUAUUUUUCUAAA